UGUUGCCCUCAUGUAUGUAAGGUCUUAGUGUUAUGAAUUUUUUUGUCUCAUGUUUUUGUAUAUAUAUAUACAAGCUGACAGUAGAAUGAAAUAAACUUUGAAACUGAAACUUUGGAUAGUAUAAUACAAAACUGAGAGACAGAGUAUGGCGGACAAGUUCUUCGGUAAAGACUCUCCGCAUGGUCUUGUAAAACGGAUAAUGUACAAGAAGUAUCUCCAGGCUUUUAUCCCAAUUACACAACAAGCUAAAGAUGCAUACGGUCAGCAGUUAUAUACUACGGCGAUAAUAGACGGCUUUGCUGGCGCUGGACGUUACGGUGACGAAUGGCCAGCUGAAAUAGAACGGUAUGGUUCUCCACUGAUAGCUCUGAUGGUGAGCUUGAACUACCUCUACCGGAAACAGCAUGGAAAGGAUAAAAUCUGGAGGAUACAGUCAAGUGAGAGAGACAGCGACGCCGAAAUUGUUGAUAUGGUCGCAACGAUGUCACUUUCAGAAAACGCGCAAAAGCCUACGGUAAAGCCGAAAAUAAAACUGAUUUUCAUUGAAAAGGAUGCUGCACACUUUAAAGGGUUGAAGGAUAACAUCGCUGAAGUUCUCGAUUAUUUCUUUCCAAAUCCAGAUGUAUCGUACACAGAAAGCGAAACAGAAGAUGGCAUUUAUCAUUUCAUCAUAACGAGCCCGAAUUAUCCCAUCUCCUGUAAAUUAGUUAACACAGAAUUAACAAACUUCAAACCGCCUUGGUUCAUAAAGGAUCAUUUAGUCAUGUGCCUUGUAUUCCUUGAUCCUUUUGGCGUCUCACAAACGCCGAUUACUCAUGUUCAGAAAUUUGUCGGACCUGGCAAUUCUUUGCUCAUCAACUUCAUGAGCAGCUUUGUCAACAGAUUCGUUAAAACCCGGCAUAUUGAGAACCUUUAUGGGAUCCCGUACCUAUAUGAGAAAGCUUCAGAAAUGAAAAUACAAUUAGAGUAUGAGUCGUUGAGUAAGUACAUCAGUUAUCUUGUGCGGCAGUUCGAGAGUGGAAGCAUUGUACAGCCGCUGAAUGAAAUUCAGUGUUGUGCAGCCAACUAUGAAAAAAUGCUGAAGAACGUUUUCGGAACUGAGUCACUUCUUUUUGAGAUGAGAGGGAGAAACAACAACAUUAUCUAUCAUCUCAUUUUUGUCACUGAUCAUAUCAAAGGCGUUGAAAUCAUGAAGGAAGCGAUGAAUUGUUGCUCCCAGAAUGAAGGUGAAAUGACAAUGUCUGAUUAUCAGUUUUACAGAAAUGGUUGUGUACUGAAUUUGGGAAAUACGCAAGAUGUAACAGUCGUCGCUAACACCAUUUAUGAAAAGUUUGCAGGUUGUUCCAAAAUCAACGUUUUGCACGUGAAAAACUAUGUUCUUCUUGACACUCCGUAUGUUUUCCGCAAGAAAAGUCUUGCUGUUAUGGAGAAAGAACAAACACCAAGAUUAGAAAAUGUCGUUGAUCAAAAAGGUCAGCCGCCUAAGCGGAAAGGAACAUAUCCCGACGACAGAACAUGGUACUUGACUUUCAGCUGGACUGAAGAGAUAGAUUACUUUGCCGUGAAAAUAUAUAAAAAGUACGGACCCAACCAAGUUGUAGCACUACAUGAUAUAAAGGAAGACUUUCCAUAUGAUCAUUUCAUCGCGGAUGUUCUCCGAAAACAAUAUCGUUGUAUAGAGAAUACACUAACACCAAGAAUGGUACAUGUUACAACAAAUCAGGGCAAAAAGAAAAUAUAUAUGGAUCAGUUCGUAGAGAAUGCACUCCUCAUGAUGGCUACCGACAGCAGUCCUGAAUGUAGUAUCUAUUACAAAGACGACGGCUGUGUACCUGAACAGAGCUAUGUAUUUAGUAGAGACAGGGAGUGGUACAUCGUAUUCAGAAGGACACCAGUUUUUGACCGAAGAUCAAUUCCGGAUUACAUACAUGUUUCUCAACUUUACAAACAAGUAUGUUUCUAAGGACCUGCGUGUCGUUAGUCAUAUAUGCCCGACUGAAGAUAGUACAAAUGGCAGAUGAAAUGCCCAACACUUUCCAACAAGUGAGAAAUUCUCAAGUUUCGCUACUCGUGUUUUGUUUGAUAACGUAUUUUUAGGAAUGGAUAUUUGUUGUGACUCUAGUUUUAAACAAUGAGAAUUAUGUAAUUCUGACACAGAUUAUGGAUGGUGACAAAACUUACGUAUAAAAUGUAUGAAAUUCAUUUCUAAUUAUUUGCUACCUAUUGAAAUUUAUUGAUAACAAAGCAAACUUGCAAAAUUGUUUAGACUUUAAAUUGAGAGGAAAUGGAAUGUGUUGAUAAUUCAACAUAUCUUGGUGUUGAUCAUACUCAUACAAAGUUCUGAAAGCUUACAAUUCUAUAAUUGCUUAGUAUGAAGAGACAGCUUAGAUAUUAAAACUUAGCUAUUAUGUUGAUUUAAAGACUGUACAUCUCUGGGGUAUUUGGCAUUUAUGACACUAAGGAAGAAGAUAAAUAACAUAUAAAAUUCUGUAAAAUUCUUUUAGGAGUUAAGAAAUAAACUUUACUUUUAAUUAGGUAGAUUCUACUCUGCAAUGAAAGUGCUAUAAAAAUUUAAAAAAAAAACUGAUUGAAAGUUAAGAAAAAAAACAACAACAAAACUCAACAAUGUGAAGGUAAUUUAUUGUUUAACUUUUAAGAUAAAAUCUUAGACAAGGUGUAAUUUGUCCUCUUGUUCUGCUCUGAAACAACUUAUGUAUCAAUUGUUGCUGUUGUGACAUGAAUGUUGUCUUAAUUAGAAUAUUACAGCAAAAAUUUGUUGCGGCGAUUUACUACUACUAUUCCUGGCCUAAACGCGAAACUAGUUUAUCUGCUUCUAUUUCUAUAUACACAUAGACUAGUUUCGCGUUGAGGCCACGUAUUGCACAAGUUAUGAAGACUAUUAUCCUACAUACAGUAUUUUUGGUUUGAAAGCAUUAUGUGUAAACAAACACCGACACAAAACAUUCCAUUUUUAUCUCAAAUAAUGCACGAGUUCUGCAUAGGCCUAGACUUAAUUGGUAAUGCGACAUAAUUAUCAAAUAUUUCGACAUCAAUUUUUGUUAUAUAUUUACAUCAGUAUUCUAUACUAUAUGGUUCAUUUCUACACAUACUGUUUCAUACAUUUUCUACUAAUUCCAAUGUGUAUGUAUUUCCACAAACACACCUUGCACGUUGUAAAUACACAUUUAUCAUAUUAUUACCAGUUAUUUCCAUUAAUUUAUAUGGGUAUCAUUCCAAUAUGCUAUAUUACAGUCAUUAUGACAUCAUGUGUUGGCGUGACUCUAGGCCAAUCAAAAAUUUGAGAAGGAUUAAGUCUGCAUAUUUAUUGUUACAUGUAAUUUUCUUGGUUGGAUGUUCAUAUUUUGUGCUUUAUAUUUCAUAUGUUUCUACUAAAACUUGAGUACUUACAUUUUCACUCAGUUAUUGAUUGUUAAACUUAACUAUUGUAAUUUCUAAUGAGGAAAUAGCCAGAAAAUAUUUGC